UUAUAAGCUGCUGGAGUGGGGAAGGAGUUGAGAAAGGAAAGAAAAGAAGGCAGAGAGAAUAGUAGUAAUAAUAGUAGAGUUGCGAGGAAAUCGAGGAAGACGAGGAUGCAGUGGUACUUCGUUGCCGUACUUCUCACAAUUCUCACCAGCUCCCAGGGCAUUUUGACGACUCUAUCUCAGAGCAAUGGAAAGUAUUUGUACGACUAUGCCACUGUACCCUUUCUUGCUGAAGUUUUCAAGCUGCUUCUUUCUACUGUACUUCUUUGGAGAGAAUGUCGGAUAUCACCGUCUACCAGGGUGACCACAGAAUGGAAGAGUGUGCGCUUAUAUGUUAUUCCUUCAAUCAUAUAUCUAAUUCAUAACAAUGUUCAGUUUGCUACAUUGACUUAUGUGGAUACAUCCACGUAUCAGAUAAUGGGUAAUUUGAAGAUUGUUACCACUGCGCUAUUAUUCAGGUUAUUCUUGAGAAGGAGACUCUCUAAUCUGCAGUGGAUGGCAAUUGUUCUAUUAGCUGUUGGAACAACCACGAGCCAGGUCAAAGGUUGUGGAGAAGCAUCCUGUGAUUCUUUGUUUGCUGCUCCAAUCCAAGGCUAUAUGUUGGGGGUACUAUCUGCUUGUCUAUCUGCAUUAGCAGGUGUGUACACAGAGUUUCUUAUGAAGAAGAACAAUGAUAGCUUGUACUGGCAAAAUGUACAAUUAUAUACAUUUGGCUCAAUAUUCAACCUGGCUCGGCUUGUCCUGGAUGAUUACAGAGGUGGCUACGAGAAUGGAUCUUGGUGGCAACGCCUUUUCAAUGGCUACAGUAUUACAACUUGGAUGGUUGUUUUGAAUCUUGGAUCCACUGGCUUGUUGGUUUCAUGGUUGAUGAAGUAUGCUGAUAAUAUUGUGAAGGUGUAUUCUACAUCACUGGCAAUGCUUCUAACGAUGGUUUUGUCUGUGUACCUCUUUAACCUCAAGCCUACUUUGCAGCUUUUAUUGGGUACAAUCAUCUGUAUGAUGUCACUGCACAUGUAUUUUGCCCCUCCAAACAUGCUUGUGGAUUUGCCUACACAAGUCAGAGCUGCUCCUGAGAGCCUGAAAGAAGUAGCAGUUGAGCGAAGAACAGAUUCCUGAUGUUUCUUGCACAUCUCAAAAGACUAGCCUCUGCCAAUUGCUUAUUGAAAGUGGCAUGAAAGCAAUUGUUCUGCACAGCAGGCAUGAAGAAGCAUGAUGUCCUUUAAUCAGAACCCAUUCUACAAACAACUGAAUUCUUCUCCACUGUUAACAAAUGCUAUAUAACCCAUCUAUUAAGAUUUUGGCUCUAGUUUCGAAAGAAAAAAAUGGUCAAUUUUGUCUAAUUAUUUGCAGUAUCAGCUAAAAGUAGAAUUCAGAAUCAUUAUCAAUCAUGAGAUUCUUGUAAUGUAAUUCCUCUUAUGUCCAUUUUUUUCAUUGAUUACGAUCAUCCAUAAACAUUGUUUUAUUUGUUGAUGACAGAUGCUAUCAAGGUUCGAGAUAUUUGUCAGCCCUUUUCUUCAAAUUUUC